UGAGUGGUAUUCUGGGUGUAAGAAAAGUAACACUUUCACUGUGAGGUUUUACAACUUUGUAGCUUCCACAGAAACAACAAAACAUAACGCAAAGAUUAAGUGAUAAUGCAGGACGGAAACUAUGCUACAGUAGUAUUCAAAAAUAAACAUCACCAUCCUGCUGGAGCUCCAGAGGAAGAAACUGUGUAUGAGGAGGUGAAACCAGACAACAAAACAACCAGACAAAGUGCUGAAACAAAUGCAGGAAGGUUUCCAGACAAGAAGGCAGCCAGCAGAGGGCACCAGUAUGAGUGGUUCAUGUGCUGUUUGGGGAUUGUUUGUGUCACUUUGCUGUUGGGGAUCAUCGCACUGUCUGUCUCCAAUGCCACAUCACAUCAUGAGAAAGAUGCAGCCUUGGAAAGUGUCACAAUGUACUUCAAACAAAACCAAACAAAUAUUCUGCAAGUCAUUCAUGACCAGAAAAACCUCAUCAGCAUCCUCAACUCAACCAUUAAAAACUUGCAGUGGAAGCACAGCAACCUGACAAAAGAACACAAUGAGUUAAAGAGGAGCUACAUGAAUGUCACGGCAGAAAACCGAGAGCUGAAGAUGCAAAAGAACAUCUUACAGAACAUGACCAGAGAGUGGAAUGACCUCAACAUCAGUCGAGUCCAGUGGACUAUUGACUCCUACUGCCACAAAGGAAAAUAUUGUAGAUGUUGUGGUAAUUGUGAGAAAGGCUGGCAUACCACCUCCACCAGCUGCUAUUAUACUGAAAUGGUUAAUCUGAAAACAUGGGAAGAAGCUCGAGAAGAAUGCAGAAGGAAGAAUGCAGAUUUGGCUGUCAUAUCAAGUCAGGAUGAGCAGGACCUAAACAGAAAGUGGCGACCAGAUUAUGAUUUCUGGAUUGGAUUGAGAUUUGAAGCUGGAAGCUGGAAGUGGAUCACUGGAACAAAACUAGGUGGCAAGUAAGACGUUAUCCUGAACACCAUCCAUUAUAAAAUCUGU